ACUGAAGAGCGACUCCUGCCUUACAAACGAUGUAGUCUUCCUACGAGCUGUAACUCGAUAACUCUCGAAUUGCGACUUUCGCUUUGUUGCUCAGAACUUUACCUACGAGCUUAAUUUUCUUUGUAUUUCACCCUGGAACCUCACGGUUAACGCGAGCAAGGGCUGCUCGGCGAGGCGAAGCCCGCAGCAGCUCAACUACACCAGCUCUCCCUAGGGAAAAAUCGGCUGCACCGGAAGCAAAAGUCUUCCAGUAGAACCUAGUGCGGAGGGCGCGCGGAACCCGCGGAAGGAUGUAAACCAGGAGACCAGCGGCCAGGGCGCCCGAGUAAGCCCAGUCUCCGGCGAUGUUGGCAGAGCCUCCGUCGUUGGUGCUGUAUAUCCAGUACCAGAAGGCUCUGCAGUACCAGAGCCGGAGUUACAACUGUCCACAAAUGGCGCGAGCAGCAAUGUCUUUAUUGCAAUGCCAUCGAAGCUUGCAGCUGCUAGGGCCUCGCGGGAGGCGAGCGAGCGGCUCGGCGGCGGCCCCGCCACGGCGCCGCGGCGGGCUGCCUCAGGGCAGAGCGGGCUGCCGUCAGAGAUGGAGGACCACUCCAAAGACGACCCCACCAAAACGUUUGCGCGCAUGUCGCAGCGACGCCGUGGAAGCCUGGAGUCGCAGCCGAAUGCCCAGCAGCAGCACCUCAGCGCCAAGCUGGCGACAGAUGCACCAGCGUCAGGCCAGUCCGUCACCUUCCACGUCUCUUCCGGGGCGCACGGCCAGCACGGCACGCCCACCGCCACAGCCGCCGCGCUCGCAGGGGCGCAGGCCGCCGCCGCCGCCGCCGCCGGUGACGCCUCCGGCGCAGCGGGCACGCCGUCCCGCUCCGUCUCCCCCGGGAACACAGCACCAGCCGUGCGGCCGCACGGCGCGCUGCACACGCUCGUGACACCGGGGCUGGGCUCGGGCCACAGCCCACGCAUGGGGUCUGUUGGCCGGCUGCCGUCAGCUUCCGGCUCGUCGGCGCGCCUGCCCACCAUGGCGGUGGGGCUGGGGCCGGGCGGCGUGCCGCUGCGGGCGGCGUCGGCGGCGCUGCCAGAUGCCUGCGUGGGCGGGGUGGUUGGCCAUGCGGAGGGCAGCGGCAGUGCGCUUUGGGGCGGCGUGCCGGAGACGUCGGGCUCUACGCUGCCGCCCUCCUCCGCAGCCUUCACGCAGCCUUCGGCGUCGCAAUCGCAGUUGCAGCCGGCGGUGGCGAUGGCGGGGCACAGGCCCGAGCUUGUGGGUGCCGGCGGCGGCACCGGCGGCCACGUGCUUUUGGACUCGGCGCCGGAGGGGCUGGCCGGCAUGGCCGCGCACAACACCGGCACGGAGCUAGGCAUGGGCUCGGUCAGCGGCACCCAACUCCAGGACAUUGUGCCUGUGUCGGGCGUCAGCGCUGGCGGCGUCAGCGGCAGCGGCGGCGUUGGUGGCAUGCCGGGCUGCAUCCAGGCAUUGCCGUCAGCAGCCAUCCCGACAGCUAUGCCCGCCACGGCGUCAGCGGCGGCGGCGGCGGUGGCGGCGGCGGGUGCGCGCGCCUCCAGCGGGACCGCCUUUUCGGCCGCGGCGGCGGCGGCCGCCUCUGUGUCCGGGGAGCAGGCCUGGACGGGGUCUUUGAACACUGCGGCGCCGCCGGCGGCGGAGCGGUCCAAGUCAUCAUCGACACAGGCCACCACGCCCGUGCGCCAGUCGCGGCUGCGGGUGUCGGUAGGGCGCCAGGGGCCGGAAGCGGCUGGCGCCGGCGCCGGCCGCGUCGGCGCGAGCGGCGUCGGCGCGGUGUCGACUGACAUGAGCCUGGAUGCUGGGGAGUCACUGGCCCGGACAUCGCCGCAGCCGGAGCAGCUGCCGCCGGGGCCGGGGCUGACGUCGCCUGCCGUGGCGUGGCCGACGACCGCCGCGCGCGCGGGCAGUGGCUUGAGCGCCGUCAGCAGCUCCGCUGGCGGCACGCCCGCCGGCGUCAGCCGGCACACCAGCGCCGUCGGGCUCCGGCACGGCCGCACGGGACUGGCGGGCCACGGGUCGGGAACGCUGGCCGCUAGCUCCGCCACCGCCGGUGCCGGCGCUGCCGGCGCUGCGGCGCGCGAGCUCUUCCACACGACCAGCCUGGGGCCGGCGAACUCGGGCGCGGGCGUGGGUGUGGGGAGCGAGGAGCCGCCGUCACCUAGCGUGGCCUCGUCCUUCACCAUGCGGCAGACGCCGUCAGACGUGGAAGAUGAGUUGAUGGAGCGGAUGCGGGCGCGUGGCGGGCUGGGGCUGGGGCUGAGCGGGGCGCGGCUGGCGGCGGCUGGCGGCUCGGCCCGUAUGACUGCCGGCGGCGCCGCUGGCGGCGGCGGUGGAGCCGUGAGCGUGAGCGCACGGCCGAGCGAGACUGGGACCAGCGGCGGCAUGGCCGUGGGGUUGAGUUCUGCGGGCUUGCUGAUGCACACGGCGGACGGCGCCGCCGCAGUGUCCGCCACUGCCGGCCACCUCGACGGCGGCUCGCCUGCGCACCGGCUGUCCGGCGGCGUGCCGCCAGGCGGCUACAUGCCCUCGGUGGGGGAGCGCGGCGGCGGCACCGCCGCAGGCGUGCGCGUGCCCAUCCGCCUCAACCACCAGCCGGGGCACCAGCGGCGGCUGCCCAACCGCCACGCCUCCAUGCCAGCCACGAAGCAGGACUCGGCGGCGGCAGCGGCAGUGCUCGGCGCGGCGGCCUCGCAUCGCGCCGCCGCCGCGGCGGCAGCGGCGGCGGCGGCGCGCCAGCAGCAACAGCACGACAGCGGCCCCCCUGGCGAGCUGAUGGCGGCGGAUCCGGCAGUGGUGUCCGGUGUGAGGGAGUCGUCGUUGCAGCUGCGGGUGCUUGACGUCACGGACGUAGGCGCGGUGUCGGGCCAGGCGAUCAGCGGCAGCGGCGCCAUUGGCGGCGGCGCCACCGGCAGCGGGGAGGGCGGGCACCUCACGUCGGGGGCCUCCCACCUGCACCUCUUGAGCCACAACAACUCAUCCGUACUGGCACCAGGCGGCGUCAGCGCUACACUCAGUCGCUGGGCGCCGACGUCGCCCGAACUCUGUAGCACUGGCGGCGGCGGCGGUGCGGCGGCGCCUGGCGGCGCCGCCGGUCCGGCGCUGGUGCCGGUAGCGCUGACGCCCGCUGCGGCCGCGGGCUCCGGCUUCGGCAUGCGUGGCGCUGUGGGCAGCGGCACUGGUGCUGGCGGCAUGGGCAACGGCGUCAGCGCUCUCAUAGGAAGCGGCGGCGGCCUGUCGCCCAUCCGCGGCGGCCCUCACCAGCUGCCGUCGCCGCCGGAGGCCGAGUCGGAGCCGUACGACACGCAGCUCGUCAUGCGGCCGCCGCCGCCAGGGGGCCGGAUGCCGCAGCUACGACACGCACUAGGCGGCGGCGGCGACCGCGGCGGCACGGAUGACGGCAGCGCCGCCGCCGGCGUCCCAGGCGGCGGCGGCGGCGGCGGCGGCGGUGGCAGCAGCAGCCGCGCCACGCCCGCCUUCCUCGGCGGCCGCAGCGCCAGCGGCAGCGGCAACAACGGCCGAGCCCUGGCCAGUGCCAUGGCGGCCGCCACCGCCACAGGCGGCGGCAGCGGGCAACAGCACCAGGUGCCGCAGGCUCUCAUGAGCUCGCAACAAAGCGGCUUCUUCGUCGACCGGCCCAGCCACCCGAGUGGCCGGAUGCUGAUGAGCGGCGCGCACGCCACGGCGGCGGCGGCGGCGGCUCACAACAGCGGCCUGGCGGCCCUGCACAAGGCGGUGGAGCGGCUGAUGCUGCAGGACAGUGGGCUGUACAGCAAGGUGCAGGCCAGCAUGAAGGGCAUCAGCAGCCUGGCCAAGGAGACCAACAAGCUGGAGUUCGUCCGCGACGCCAGCGGCGCCACCGUGAUCAACCAGUACGUGGUGGUGAAGACGCUGGGGCGCGGCGCCUUCGGCAAGGUCAAGCUGUGCCUCAACACGCUGGACGGACAGCUGUACGCGGUCAAGAUGAUCAACCGCGCGCACCUGCUGCGGCAGUUGCAGAAGCCCGCCCGGCCGCUGCGCCGCCGCGCGCCGCCGCCGCGCAACACCAGCGACACAGGCCUGAUGCACGGGGUCAUGCACCGCACCGCCACCGAGUCCAACCUCUCCAUCUGCAACACCAAUGGCAGCAGCUUCGGCAACGUGGCGCAGGCCGCCCUGCCCGCGCGCGCCUCCAUGGACGACGCCUCGCCGCUGGCCGCCAUCAUGCGCGAGAUCGCAGUCAUGAAGAAGGUGGACCACCCUCACGUGGUUCGGCUGCACGAGGUGAUCGACCCGCCCGGCUCCAACUACCUGAUGAUGGUGAUGGAGUACUGCGAGGGCGGCUGCGUCAUGGAGACGCGGCAGCAGACCGGCCUGGCGCCGCUGGGCGAGGAGGCGGCGCGCGAGUCGUUCCGGCAGGCGUGCCUGGGGCUGGACUACCUGCACUACAACAACGUGGUGCAUGGCGACAUGAAGCCCGAGAACAUGCUGGUCAGCGGCAGCGGCGUGCUCAAGAUCGCGGACUUUGGCAGCAGCCGCUUCAUGGGCGGCGACCCGGGCGACGCCACCAAGACCUCGUGCACACCUGCAUUCCAGUCCCCUGAGGAGAUCAGCCACCUGCCCGUGGACCCCUUCGCCGCUGACGUGUGGGCACUGGGGUGCUGCCUCUACACCUUCGUGUUUGGCCGGCUGCCCUUCGUGGGGUCGUGCGUGGUGGACAUCUACCGCGCCAUCCUGACCCGGCCGCACACCUACCCCAGCCCGGCCGAGCUGCCGCACAGCCCCGAGCUGCGCGACCUGCUGGACCGCAUGCUGCACAAGGACCCCGCGCGCCGGCUGCAGCUCAAGGACGUGAUGCAGCACCCCUGGGUGACCGGCCACGGCACACUGCCGCCGCUGGUGUGCCUCCAGACCCUGGCUGCAACCAUCGCCGCCGCCAACCAGUUCAGCAUUGGAGGCGCCGCCGGCGGCACCGACGGCGGUGCCAGCCCCGGCGCCGCCGCCGCCGCGGCGCCGCCCGCUGUUGUUCUCCCGCCCGUCAUCCGCGUGACGCAUGCGGAGCAAGUCAACGCCAUUGACCGCAGCUCGCUUGUGUCGCUCAUUCGCGCCAGGCUCAAGGAGAAAAUCUGCUCGCCUGGCGAGUACCUCUUCAAGGAGGGCGACGAGGCGCACUGCGUGUACAUGAUCAUGGCAGGGGUGGUGGAGCUGACGCAGCACCUGCGCCGCCCGCCGCCCGGGUACCCCGGCGGAGGCACCUCGGCGGGGCCCGCAGGCGAGCGCCGCGGCGCUGCCGCCGUGGCGGCGGCCGCCGCCGCCGCAGCUGCCAGCGGCUCGGGCGACCCGGACCACGACCACGACGCGUCAUUCAGUGUUGAUCUGGAUGAGAGUCUGACGCUGGACCACAUGGAGGGCAUGCACUUCACGGACGCGAUGAACAUUGUGGACGGCAAGCUGCACAUCGACCGGCAGCAGGCCAUCGAGAUGCGGCGGCGCAUGCAGGGGCAGCUGCUGGGCGACAACGCCGAGUACGUGGUGGAGGUGAAGGGCCCCGGCUCCGUCAUUGGCGAGAUGGGCAUGGAGGCGACAGCCACCGUCACGCACCGCAUGUCGGCCCGCGCGCGCGGCCCCGUCACCGUGGUGAAGCUGACGGAGGAGAACUUCUUCAAGGCGCUGCUGCAGAUGUACGGCGGCGGCGGCGGCGGCGGCAGCCAGGCCUCGACCUCCAUCACCGCCUCCUCCAUAAGCGAGGCGCUCACCAAGGCGAACGGCGGUGGCGGCGGAGGCGGCGCGCAUGGCGGCGCGCCGCCGCCGGCGCCGAGCAGCUACGCCGGCUCCGGCGCCGGCGGCCCUGGCGGCGGUGCGCCGGGUCUGUCCGCCCAGCACCUCAUGGUGAUGCAGUACCUGGAGGACAGCGGCUCGCACGCCAUGUUUGGACCCACGGGCGCGCCGCUCGGCGGCGGCGGCCACGGCCACGGCCACGGCGGCGGCCACGUGUCUGGUACCGCGGGCGGGCGUUACAGCCUGGACUCGGCAGCGCGGCCGACACUGGUGCGGCCAGGCGUCGUGGGCGGUGUGGGCAGCGGUGCGUCCGUGCACCCGCUGAAUGCGGCGGCAGCGGUGCAGUCGUCGUUGUAUGCGGCUGGCUCACCGGUGCGGGCGGCCGGCUCGCCCUUGGGGCUUGGGCCGGGUGCGGGCGGCGGCGCCCAGGGCGCGGCGGGGGUACAGUGGGUGGCGGUGUCUGGCGCCGGCGUGGCGGCUGGUGGAGCAGCCGGCGGCGGGCCUGGGAGCGGCCACCACCACCCCCAUCACCACCACAAUCACCAUCAUCAGCAAGGCGCAGGCGCGCGGUCCAAUGGCGGCAGUGCGCACGGGGGCGGCGCCCCGGCCUUCAGCGCCGCCGCCGUCGACCGCUUUGGCCGCGGCGGCGCCGCGCCGCGCGUGCCGCCAGGCGCCACCUUUGGCGGCGGUGGCAGCGGCGGUGAGGAGGGGGCGGCCCCCAUGGGUCUCGGCGCCGGCGCGGUGGCGGCGCACCGGGCGAUGGCGCUGCUGGGCGGCGCGUCCAAGAGCUCUCUGAACGCGCACUCGCACCUGGGUGUCCUCAACACCAUCCACUCCAUCAACGCCUCACGCGCAGGCGGCAACACUUCUGAGGAGGGCAUUGCGGACCUGUGAUGAAUGUCGCUGGUGAUGAUGGCAAUGGUGAUCGGGUAGCGGAUUUGGCUGUGACUGUGUAUGUUGGGCAUAUGCGGGCUGCUGGCGCAUCGUGCAUACGUCAGCUCAGCGGCGCGUCGCCAGCAGCGCCAGAGCUGCGCUGAAGGCAGCUGCAGCGGCAGAUAGACGUGGCAUACGGAUAAGGGACUGGGGGCAAGGUGGAUUCGGUGCUGUUUUCCUGCGACUGUCGGUGCGGCGGGAGGCGGCAGGAGUCUGUCUAGUCUGUGGGUGCAUGAAGUCUUGGUGCCUUUUUUUCACAUCCGGACCUGUGUGGCCUCUCGAGAGCACAGCAUUGUUGUCUUUAGACACUUCGGGAGGGCAGAGCUGGGGUGAGUGCCAGUGCGAACUUAACUGGAUCGGAGCUUUAGUGCCGUGUAUGCGCAGGCUGCACGCCGUCGCAAGCAAGCAGCUUGUUAUUAUAUCGGUAUGGUCGCGAUGUUGUGUUGAACGGGUGCCGUACCCGUGUGUGUGUAUACGUGUGGGCGCCGCAAGGAGAUUGCGGGGUUGCAACUUCCGUCCAGCAUUGUGCCGCAUCGAACCAGGCACGACGUGACGGCACGACGUGUCGGCUGACUUGGAGCUGCUGCAUUGGGGCUGAGCCCACCUGUACCCGUGUAGCGCCCUGUUUUGAAAAUUGUUGCACUUUGCCUGGCUUUUACGCAGUUGUGCGCCAAAGCAGGUUUGAUCAAUAAAUAGUGAUAACCACACUCGUUUGAAAUUGAGAGACAGGCCGAGGCGAGGUGAGGCAGAGAGGAAAAGAGAGCGGCAGGACCCGGUGCAGGAGCGAAUGCGGUAGACGCAGGAGGAGAAUGGAAGUGGGGACGGGUAGUGAGCUGCUGGCACCCGCGCGACUGCUGCGCCGACUGUGCUGUCACUGCUGUGUUUGUGACCAGCGCAUGUUGCAACGCCCCCGGAGCGGGGUUACUUUGGCACGUCGGCACUACCUGCUAGCUGAGUUUGCGGGUGUGCCUGGCGUGUUGGCUGGCCUGGAAAAGCGCUUACUAGUUGCUCGCCGGGUUGCGGUCCACUGCAUGCACGUGUGUAUGCACGCCUUGUGCGGCACAAGAAGCAGAGAAGCGCGCGCAUGUGCGCGUGUGUGUGUGUGAGUGUGUGUGUGUGUGUCUGUGUGUGUGUGUGUGUGUGUGUGUGUGUGUGUGUGUGUGUGCGUCCUUGGUUGCGCAGCUCAACAAUAUGCCAGCGCGUCCCCGGGUGCUGCUGGUGACUUCCGCAAUGCUUUGCGAGGGGGGCAAAGCCCGGCGCAAUGCGCGAGUCCGCGCGCGGCGCAAUCAGACACACGGCGAGCCUGCGGCUGCCGCUGCGGCGAUAUGACGGCUGCACGCGUGGCACACGUGGAGGACAGAUACGCGGCGGGUGAGCUUGAUGCAGCCGGUACAGUAACGGGGCGGUGCACGGAGUAUGUGCGUGUGGGGGUUGCGUGCCCGCAUGUGUGCGCCGCAGGUGGGGCAGGCGGGGCUGAUGCUGUGAAACAGGGGCGCACGUGUUCAAUCGCCGCAGCCCGUAUCGGGUGGCCACUGCGGAGGGCUGCAGGGCGGUGCUGAUGGAGGUUUGCAAACACCUGGGGCUGGCUGACUUGAAACAAUCAGACAACGUUGGAUGGUGUGGGUAGCCAAUAAUGAUCCCAGCAGUCGGUAUGCUGGCGUGCAAAUCAUGUCUAUGAUAUUGAUGUGCGUGGUCUGUGGCCCUGCAACAAGCGAUCUGGUCGUGCGUAGGCGGCGCAGCCUGGCUGGCCUUUGCAUUUGCAUUGCCCUGUUGCUUGCCUCCGAGGUGUGUAUUUUGCAUUUGUGCAUUUGCGUGGUGGACACUCAAAGAAAAGAACGGCGGCGUGCAAGCCGCGUCAAUUAGUCAGACUGGGCGCUCCCCCGGAGCACGUUAAAGGUUGACCUUCACGACACCAAGCAUUGCUUCUAGGUAUGGUUGUGGUGAGUGCAGGCACAGUGUUUGGGCUUUUGAUCCCGUUGUUACGGAGCCAAUGCGGCGGGGAGAAAGCGACGGUGUGUACGCGACACAAAGCGAAGGUCGAAAUGGGCUCCGGAGUGUUGCGGAAGUGCGGGAAAAUGAUGAAACGUCUACAUGAGUAUAGGAAACGUGGGGGGAGUCACGAUGUUUGUGCACCGCUGCAGCCUGAAACCGGCUGCAUUAGGUGGAUUCACGCAUGUCUUCUAAAAGUAGGUUUCACGCUUUUUAAGACAUGGGCCAAAAGACAUGAGGCGAACCAGAUGCCAGAGUCUGCGGUGCCAUGAGAGGCCUCUUUGCUGCAUGUGUGCGGGGCACCCUUGCUUGGUCGGACUGCCCCUGCUUUGUAAUGUCGCAAUCAUGUGUGCGGGAACUGAUUUGUAGCCGGACGGGCCAUUCAAGCGCGGCAGAACUGUGUGGUCCACAACCAGACUGCAGGGUAUGCCUGUUCAAGGUCGGGACCUGUGGUAAACUGCGUCAGCAGCUGGCUCUUGUAGCCAGUGCAAUCAAUGAUGCCGGUUGGAUGCAAACAGACAUAGUGGCGCGUGGCGCCGAUGCUGUAGCCUGCCGAAACUGCUUUUUCAAAUGGUUGGGCCCGGUGGUGGCGGCGGCACGGGCGGCCCUGGGCCCAGCGGCAGUGGCGGCGCGCAUGUUCGGAGCAGAGGGGGCAGGCAAGGCCACGUGGAGGAGGACAGCGCGGCGCCGCCUUCAAAGCGGCGCCGGCGCGCAGGUUGAGACCUGCCGGUGUUGUCUGGUUAGCGACCUGUGCUG